GCAAGAAUUUUGUUGAUCUCAUGAAAAGAGAAUUUGAAAUGAAUAUGAUGGGUGAACUUACAUUCUUUCUAGGACUGCAAAUAAGGCAGUCGACUAAUGGCACAUUUGUAAGUCAAACAAAGGACACCAAGGAACUUAUAAAGAAAUUCGACUGGAAAAGGCAAAGGCUUUUGGAACACCUAUGAGCCCUUCAACAUGCCUUGAAACAGACGCCCCGGGAAAGGAUGUCGAUGAAAGAACCUAUCGUGCUAUGAUAGGAUCUUUACUAUAUCUUAUGACCAGUCGACCAGAUAUAAUGUUCAGUGUAUGCAAAUCCGCCAAAUUCCAGUCAACUCCCAAGGAAUCGCACCUUACCGUAGUAAAGCUAAUCAUUCGCUAUCUUCUUGGAACUCAAGAUUUUGGCCUAUGGUAUCCUCAUUCUACUAAUUUUGAUCUUACUGGAUAUUCAGAUGCUGAUUUUGUAGGUGACAAAACAGACAGAAAAAGUACCAGUGGUACUUGGCAAAUUUUGGGAGAAUCAAUUAUCUCUUGGCAUAGCAAAAAGCAAACAUCCGUUGCAUUAUCAACUACUGAGGCUGAAUAUUUAGCCUUAGGGAGUUGUGGAACACAACUACUAUGGAUGAUGCACCAAUUGAUUGAUUAUGAAUUAUCUUAUGACUCUGUGCCUAUCUUUUGUGAUAACACUAGUGCAAUUAGCCUUUCUAAAUAUACUAUUCAUCAUUCUAGAGCAAAGCAUAUAGAUAUUAAGCAUCAUUUUAUUAGAGAUCAUGUAGAAAAUGGUGAUUUUGCAUUAGAAUUUGUGGAUUCUAAAAAUCAACUAGCUAAUAUUUCUACAAAACCCUUGCUUGAAGAAAGAUUUUGUUUCCUUAGAAAGAGUCUCGGAAUUAUUAAAUUUCAAAAUAAUUAA